CUGAUGCACUGAUGAUGAGAACACUGUUCUGAUCAACUGAUGAAAUGACAGUUGGCAAAUAGACUGAAAUGUAGGUACUGGGGGGAAGGGAGCAGCAUGAAGGAGGCAUUCCCUGUGGUGUCUAUUACCACACUUCUAUCCUGCUAAGUAGAUGAAUGUCACCCUUCCCUGUUUCUCAUUACUGGCUGUAUAUGAUCAAGACAGCUGGACCAUGUGCCCUAUUCUCCAAUAUACAUGGCAUAAACUAGAGGGGAACAGUUCCCAAGCUGUCUAUGAACUCUUCCACCACUUGUCUUCAAGCAGCAAAAAUAGCUGACCACCAUCUCAUCAUGUCUACUGAAGCUGAAACUACUACUAUCAACAGCCAGCCUGAGCAACAGGUUCCACUGAAAGCACAACCUUCAAAGAAGGAAAAAAAGAGAGGGUCAGAAAAGACAGAUGAAUCUCUCUUGUCCAGAUUCAAAGGUGAUGGUGUAAGAUACAAAGCUAAACUCAUUGGCAUUGAUGAUGUCCCAGAGGCAAGAGGUGACAAAAUGAGUCAGGAUUCAAUGAUGAAGCUGAAGGGAAUGGCAGUGGCUGCCCGCUUCCAAGGUCAACACAAACAGAAGAUCUGGGUGAACAUCUCCCUCUCUGGUAUCAAGAUAAUAGAUGAGAAAACUGGGGUCAUAGAACAUGAGCAUCCAGUAAACAAAGUCUCCUUUAUUGCUCGGGAUGUAACAGACAGUCGUGCCUUUGGCUAUAUUUGUGGAGGAGAAGGCCAACACCAAUUUUUUGCAAUAAAAACAGCACAACAGGCUGAGCCUCUAGUUGUUGAUCUUAAGGACCUCUUCCAGCUAAUAUAUAAUAUGAAGAAGAAGGAAGAGGAAGAUGGGAAAAAGAAUGGUAGCGAAGCACUAUCUGCUGAUCAAGCUGACAAACUGAAACGGGGAGUUGUCCAGAUGGACUUGUUUGGGGAUAUGUCAACGCCUCCUGAUGUGAGCAGUCCCACAGAAACUAAAGGGAUUCUGUUAGUGGAUCUAAACUCUGAAAUUGAGACCAAACAGACUUUUGUAAAAGAGGAUCUCUUCUUGAAUGGCAUCACAACCUCUCUUCCACAACCAAAGCCACAACCACCCUUCUUGCCUGAGAGUUCUUUCUCUACCAAUCUCAGCUUCUUUCCCACGCCUAAUCCAGACCCUUUCAGUGAUGAUCCUUUUGCACAGCCAGACCGACCUGCACUGCCUUUAUUUGAUUCUCUGAAAUCUGCUGAUCAGAAGAAGGAAAGUAUGAGUACCUUGCCACCGGUGGGUAAUAGUGCUUCAAAUGGUGAUAUUGACUACUUUGGUAAACAGUUUGACCAGAUUUCUAAUAGAACUGGCAAACAAGAAGCACUAACAAACCAGUGGCCAUUUGAGAGUAAGUUGCCUGCAGCAAGAACUCCAAAUGGGGUACCAGAGAGAGAACAGAAUGGCUUGCUUAAAGCCCCAUCAAACCUGUUUGUGGAAGGUCCUUCCAAAGGAGUAUCUCUGCAGAAUGGAGUAAAGCUGGAUUCUGAAAGCAAUAUCCAGCUCAUGUCACACGAGUCUAUAACAAUUAGCCCACCACCACAAAGUACCAAGCCAGGAAGAGGAAGGAGGUCUGUCAAGACUGCAUCAAAUGACUUAUUUAGCUCAGACUUGUUUGUGCCAACUACAGAGAGCCUCAGCUUGACCUCAGUGGCACAGACAGGACCUGUGCCAACUAAUCCACUGGACCUCUUCAAAACAAGUCCUACCACAGCACCUCCAUUGGCUGGUCUAGGUGGCUUGCUAGUAACUUCAUCACCAUGGAAUGUACAGACACCUGCCUUUACUCAGGCUGCAUCAGUCUUUCCUGGGUCUAUGAUGCCUGCUCAGCCUACAGGAUUUACUCAACCACUUGCCUUUGGUACUCAAGCAGUGCCAAGCUGGAGCCAGCCUGCAUCUUUUGGUCCAGCAGCCUCUCAGACCUCUAGUCUCUGGGCACAGCCAGCAGAAGUUCUAUCUACUUCAUGGGCACAGCCAUCCAGUGCUGUAAAUCCCUUCCAGAGUAGUGUGUUCCCAUCUUCAACACUACUUGCUCAGACCUCAUCUGUACUACCCUCCAUGUCAACAACUAGCCCACCUCAGCCACCAACUAGAACUGCACCUCAGAAGGAGCUAUCCAAGAGAGAGAGUGAUGCUUUUAUUGCUCUGGAUCCACUUGGCGAUAGAGAGAUGAAGGAUGUCAAGGAAAUGUUCAAAGAUUUCCAGCUGACAAAGCCACCUGCAGUACCAGCAAGGAGAGGAGAGCAGCAAAGCCUUUCAGAACCACCAAAGCCUGUUCCCCAACAAACUGUGCUGCCGGCUGAUGGCCUGUUUGAAAGUCAAGCUAAAACAGACCUUUUCAGUGCCUCAUCUGAAUCUCAGAAACCACCUUCUGGUCCUUUUGGUGAUCCUUUUGGCAAUCCAUUUGCAUAGAUCAGGCAUAACCAGAAAAUGACAAAUGGAAUAACUGGACCUCUUCUCAACAUGACUUUUCUACUUGUUUCAUUUUGCUGUCUGCCACUCUUGCUGCUGUUCCAUGAUGUCUGUAAUCUAAAACAUGUCCAGGUGGAUUGAAAUAUGAACCCUCAAAGAACAUGCUGUGAAGAUGAUAAUUCAGGGCAAAGCAAAUGGAAAGUUGGACUCAUGCUGAAGACCCAAAUUCAAAUUGGUGGAUGUUAAUUUUACUUUAGUUCUUAGCAAUCUUCCCCAGAAGAGCUUAGUAACAUUAAGUCGUGCGUCUUGUAAGUAUGGUCACCACAAUUCCUCUUUCUGUGGCACUUACUGUCCUAAAAUAUAGGAACUGAAUGUACCUGGGGAAGAAAUGCUGCCUUCACAUAAGGGAAUUGCAUUAGUAGCUAAAACUCCAUGCUUUAAACAACUAGGUCAGUUGCAUGUUAUCACAACAGCAGCCAGUUGUAAAGUUAAGUGGACACUACUCCUAAUUGGUGACUGGACAUAUGACUUGGUCUCUGAGCCACAAAGAUGUAAACUGUAUGGUGGUAGUGGGAAAUCCAAUACUUGUCCAUUUAACUAAUGGUAAAAGUAGCACUCUGCCAUAAAUGUGUAAUAAAGGGAUUAACUGUGGAGUCUGUAACAGAACUGCUGGGAUCCUGAAUACUAGAGGCCUACACUGUAGGAUCAGAUAAGCUGAAACACUUCUUGCAGAACAUUGAGGUAGUCAUGGACACUAAUUUGUCUUGGUGGUAAUCUGGCAUUUUUCAGGGAGGGAAAUCUACUAGGAUUGCCUUUUUAUUAAGGUGGCUUGGCAGACAAAUGGAACGAGCAGAUAGGCUUCUUGCGUGUGUAUAUCAGUGAUUGUCCCUGAUGUUGUUCAGUUUGAGUUGUCACAUGGUAUAAUGUGGCAUGUUUCCAGUAUGUUAGACAGCAGAAAGACAAUCAUGGCUUUUCACAAGGAAUCUAGGCAUGGAGUAAAGAUGUACCGCAUCUGUGCUAUUAAUGUGAGGUAGUCCUCAGUCUCUUGAAAACAGUGCCUUUUCUAAAGAACCUCCUUACUAACAGAUCUCUAAAUCAGUUGGUUAUAACUGACUGUAACAGCUACAUUCUUGGCCAGUGGUGAUGGCUGAUGUGUCAGAGGUUUUUCUGUUAAUGCUAAGUAACUUGAAAUAGUAUUGUUAAAUCAAAUGCCUAAGCAGUUGCUGAACUGGAGAGCUAAGAAAGUCAACUUGAAGACAGCCUUAGUACCAAAUUCAGCCAGUCAUGCAAUUAGUCUCUUUAUAUAAACUUCUCUUGCACUUUCUGUAAUACAAAAAAAAAAAGUUAUGAAUUUAAGUAUUUGUCUCAAACUGGAAAUGUAGAAACUUAUGGAUGUUACACUGUUAUAUAAAACUGUAGUAUCUCAAGUGAUGUUACCUAAUGACAUUAAAAAGAAG